AUGGCGGGAUUCUACGCGCUGCUGUGGGCAGCCGCGGGAACGAACCUCGUGCGCAGCCUGGCGCAGGUGAGGCGCGGAAUGGCGCAGGUGAGGCGUGGAAUGGCGCAGGUGAGGCGCGGAACGGCGCAGGUGAGGCGCGGAAUGGCGCAGGUGAGGCAUGGAACGGCGCAGGUGGACGGCAUGCGCGUUUUGCAGGUGGACGGCAUGCGCGUUUGGCAGGUGGACGGCAUGCGCGUUUUGCAGGUGGACGGCUGCGACGAGCUGAAAGGGGCUCGGCUUGGGUCGACGAGACGAGCCUGGAUGAGGAAGAAGUUGGGCUCGGCUUGCCACUGUGACGAGCGCAGGUUCUCCGUGCUCACCCUCUUACGUUCCCUCUCGCUGCCUCUCCCCGCCCAGCUGCUGCUGCUCUCACCAGAUGAGGCUGCUGCGCCGGCCACCAGCAGCGCAUGGCUGAGCGGGGCGUGGCUGGCGGCGGGGUGGGUGGUGGGGGCGCUGGAGGCGGCCAUGCUGCGCACCGCUGUCAUCGCUGCCAUCCUCGCUGGCGCUGACGUGGCAGUCAAG